AUGGCCACUGGAAAGUUGAGGAACCUUUUGGAAGGGCUGAAGCCAGCCAUGACAAUGGUGAUAGUUCAGAUAAUAUUUGGAGGGCUAAAUAUUAUGUACAAACUGGCUAGAAAUGAUGGCAUGAGCAUGAAGAUUUUGGUCGCCUACCGAAAUAUCUUUGCAACAGCUAUUAUGGUUCCACUUGCUCUAAUCUUUGAAGGGAAGAGUAGGCCAAAACUGACAUGGAUGAUCUUCCUCCAGGGCUCAUUAUGUGGAUUAUUUGGAGGGUCAUUAGGUCAAAAUUUAUAUGCCGAGAGCCUAAGCUUAACGUCAGCAACAUUUGUAGCGGCAAUGACAAACCUGGUUCCAGCUAUGACAUUUGUCAUGGCAGUUUUCUUAAGGAUGGAGAGAUUAGCAAUUGGAACAAUUGCGGGAAAAGCUAAGUUAAUGGGGACUAUAAUGAGCCUAGGUGGUGCAAUGAUUCUAACAUUUUACAAAGGAGUAGAGAUCAAGUUAUGGUCAACCAACAUCAACCUACUACAUCAUGGUGCUGCAGCAUUACAAGAGUCGUCUCCUAAUCAAGUGUUGGGCUCACUAUUGGCUGUGGCUAGUUGUGUCUGUAUUGCAGUUUGGUUGAUAGUCCAGACUAAGAUGAGCAUGGUGUAUCCAAGCUACUCCGGAACUGCUCUAAUGUGUGUUUGUGCAUCAAUUCAAUCGGUUGUAUAUGCCAUGUGCACUGAGAGGGACUGGUCCGCAUGGAAACUUGGUUGGGACAUUAGGCUUCUCACUGUUGUUUACUCAGGAGUGUUGGCCUCUGGAUUAAUGGUUACACUAAUGACCUGGGUUUCAAGGAUGAGAGGCCCAUUGUUUGUAUCUUCUUUCUUUCCCUUAAUGCUUGUAACCGUUGCAAUACUUGGGUCACUGUUACUCCACGAACAGCUACAUAUAGGAAGCAUAAUUGCAGCAGUGUUGAUCAUAGUGGGCUUGUAUAUUGUUUUAUGGGGAAAAGGCAAGGAAAUGAAGCAGACCGCCCAAAUCCAUGCAGCACAAAGCUUUAGCGAACAAGAUCUGAGACAUAUUGUCAUAGAAAAUUCAAGUAACAGUGAGUGUAAACCAGAAGCAAGUGGUAUUAUUGGUCCCAUUGAACCUGCUGACCUAGGAUCUGGAGUGCCAUCUGCAGCUGCAGUGGGAAGCGCAUAUAAUGCGGCAGAUCUUCGGGAUCACAGUAUGCGGAAAAUAUCUAAAGGUUUUGAUGUGGCAACCUUUGACGUUGAUUUUGGGCAAUAUCACAAGAUUAUAGUGGGCUUGUAUAUCGUUUCAUGGGGAAAAGGCAAGGAGAUGAAAAACACCGCCCAAGUCCAUGGAGCAAAAAGCUUUAGCGAACAAGAAUUGAGACAUAUUGUCAUAGAAAAUUCAUUUAACAGUGAGUGUAAACCAGCAGCAAGUGGUAUUAUUGUUCCCAUUGAAUCUGCUGACCUAGGAUCUGGUGUGGCAUCUGCAGCUGCAGUGGUGCCUGAAUAA